AUGCAGAUGACAUGUAAAGGGAAAGGGAAAGGGAAGCAGGUGGGCAUUCCUGAGCAGGCAAUAGCGAUCAGAUUUCGGUGGGAUAGGCAGUGGAUAAUAGUUAAUCAAAAAGGCAGGGCAGUUACACAAAGAAACGAACCAAAGCUCGCUCUUGUUGAGGUUGAGCUUCCAAAGGAGGCAUUUUUAGAAGGAUGGGAGCCUACUGGGGGCUCAUAUAUGGUAAUAAAGGCUCCAGGGAUGGAUGUGCUUAAGAUUUCGCUGAGUAAACCAGAUGAUGUAACAGAUGGUGUUUCCUUGUGGGAGUGGUCUGGCUCUGCAUUGGAUGAAGGAGCUGAAGCAGCAAACUGGUUUACAAAAUUUCUUGGGAAAACUAGCCGGCUAGUUCGUUUUAAUGCAGCAUCAGAAACUAGGCCUGUGGAUCCAGAAUAUGCUCGGGGACACAAUCUAAUGUUUUCCGACCAGUAUCCAUAUAUGCUUUUGUCUCAGGGGUCUUUGGAUGCACUAAAUAAGCUUCUCAAUGAGCCUGUUCCAGUCAACCGUUUUAGACCCAACAUCCUUGUCGAUGGUUGCGAACCAUUUUCUGAGGACUUAUGGACUGAGGUCCGGAUUAACAAGUUCACAUUUGAAGGUGUCAAGUUAUGCUCCCGUUGUAAGGUACCAACUAUAAAUCAGGACACUGGGAUUGCUGGUUCUGAACCAAGUGAAACUCUGAUGAAAAUUAGAUCAGACAAAGUGUUGCGCCCGAACCGAAAACAGCAGGGAAAGAUUUACUUUGGCCAGAACUUAGUCUGCAAGGACAGCCUCACUAAAGGAAGGGGAAAUGUGGUUAAAGUUGGGGAUCCUGUUUUUGUCCUCAGGAAAGUUUCAUCUGCUGCUGAAGCGGCUGCUUGAACUCUGUGGCAUAUCUGUUCGCUGUUGUAGUUUUAGUCUUAAAAUAACAGCAUACAUCCGAAGUCUUAUCCUACAUUUUCUCAUUCUAAGUGAUGCAUCAUUUUAUGUGGUAUUCCUGUAUCUUUUAUCAUACUGGUUUAUCAUUUACAAGUUAAUACUGCAUAAGAAGUAACAUCAUUUGGGAUGAAAAUUUGGUGAUAAGAGUUUGAUAUACUUAUUUUAGUUUUAGAAUAAAUGAUGUUGUCUCCAGAGUAAGUUCUGUUGACUCUUCUGGUGCUGGAAUCAGGAACGGCUUGCCUAUCUAUUCAAGAAUUUAAUUCAACC